AUGGCGGACCCACCCGCGGGAGGGCCCGAGCCACCUCCCACAAACACGCAAGAAACCAUCGCCAACUUCACUGAGGGAAACCUCGAAGCCAGAGCCAUCAUUGACAACCGGAAGCGAACCCGGAGUGGAGAUGCCUUCGCCCCAACGGAUCCAGCCGGCCGAAUCACCACCAAGGAGGUGUGGAAAUUGAUCAGCACGCUGAAAGACAUCAUCCACCAACAAACAACGACCAUCGCAGCCACCCAAGAUGAACUACAGGAGAUCAAACACAACCAGAAUGUCCUCCAGGAACAGAACGAGAAAUUGCACGAUGAGGUGAAGGCACUGCGAGCACAAAUCGAGGCCACCCCACCGGUGACAGCGACCAGGUCCUGGGCCACCGUCGCAACGGAGGGCGGCAACGGCACCUCCCCGCGGAACCCCCAACGACCCGAGAAAGACCAGGAUUGCGUCCGAAUCAGCACCCAGAGGACCUUUGUGGACCCACGAGACAACGAUAACAACGAUGGAAACACGUUCGGACGAUAUCUCUCCAUCGAUGCCGCCAACGGCCAUAUUCGUACCGCGUUGCAGAGCGACACCGCGACCCAAGACGCCCAAGUGGCCGGCAUCGGCACAACUAAAACCGGCUAUUUCAUUCGAUUUAAGAACGCGGAGUCAGCCGAUAUGGCCCGUAGCAACACAGAGUGGCUACACAAGCUGGGCAACAACACGAGGCUAGUGAAGCCACGAUUCGGGGUCGUCGUGCACCGGACUCCCACCGAGGAAUUUGAUAUUGAGACAGGGACCGCCCAGGCGACGGAGAAAAUCAUCGCAGAUAACGACCUAGCGGAUCACAGCUUCCACAUUGAGGAACUAGCUUGGAUGAAAGCGAAGGAUAAGGCCCUGGGGAAGUUCGCGUCACUGGGAAUCUGGUUUGAUUCCCCAGAGGGGGUGGAAUACAUGCUUCGGAAAGGGUUCCUUGUCAGCGGGCAACUCAUUACCAGUGUCGAACGACGAGAAAUCAAGAAGAAGAGGUGCUUCCGGUGCCAACGGCUCGGCCACCUAGCGUGGUCAUGCAAGGAAACACCACGAUGCGGACACUGUGCAAGACAACACGAGCGGGAGCGAUGCCCGCCUGGAGUGAGAGCCCGGUGCCUGGAUUGCAGCGGUGAACACCCUACGGGCGAUCGGGAGUGUCCAACACCAUCGACCUUCAACCCUACCAGAUGCUAG